AUGCAGGUCACAAUCCUUACGUUACUGAACCUCAUGCUCCUCAUGGUCUUCUCACCUCUGACUCAUGUCGCGGCACUCGCCAUUCCAGCAGAGCUCUCUUCGUCUCUUGAUGGUAUGGGUCAAAACUUGGAGAUGGAAGGCUACAAGAUGGGCACCAUGACCUUCAAUGGCACCUACACAGGACUCCCCGGUACCAUCGUCGCCAGUGGCAGUUUUGAGGAAAUCAUUGCACAAGUUCAAAAGGAUCACCCUCAUCUCAAUAAGAGAUCCGUCAAAACUGGCAGAGCCGAGAGCGUCAAACUGGCACCGGACAUUAGUGUGGGUUCCCUUGCACCUCAGAUAUUCCUUGGGGCUCUUUCUUCACAGCAGUCCGCUAAUCGAUAUUACUCUCAGGGCCUUUUCUGCGACAAUAAGGCGCGCGCUUGGAACAACAAUAUCCGUAAGGCUAUAGCUGUGAUCAGAGGCGCCAACGGUCUCUGCUACGCCGAUCCUCAUACGUGUGUGAAGGUCAUUUGCUCAUCAGGCACCAAUAUCGUCUACUGCAACGAUAGCGAUUAUGGCCUCGAGGCAGACUGCACGUUUUUUGCGGACUCCGCCGAGGCUAUCAUCAGAGGCUGCAAUUCCAAUGGAUGGACAGCAGGAAAGUUGACCGACUAUGACCAGCACUACAGCCUUCAGGUCUCCGUGAGCUUCUGCAUUUAA